GUAAUCAAAGUUUAAAGACUAAGUUGGUAUUUGUCUUAAAAUUUAAGGACUAAAAUGGAACUCCUCAAGUACAAGUACCACAUACUCGCCGGACUCACUCUCGCCGCCGUCCUCUACUCUCUCACCAUCAUCUCGCCUUCUUUCCUUUCCAUUCUCACCUACUUCUGGCCUCUCCUCCUUUCCACCGUGGUCUUCCUCUUUGCCGGCGUCUUCUUCGGUAAGACUUCGUCUCCACCUGGAUCCGACCCCGCCUCCGAGAUGGCCGGCGAAGGCCUCCUCGACUACGUCGCCGGCCAGCCGGAACUUGCCCCUGACACUUAAAAGCGCUGAUCGAUUAGCUUAGUUUGUAAGCCCAUCUGUUUCUCGUUGUUUUUAAUUUCGUAAUUUUGUAGUUUACAGUACUUAAAAUUUGAACGGUUAAUUAUUUAGAGAAAAUAUUUGGGUACUAAAAAAAAAAAAAAAAUUCCUACCUUAAACGCGUGAGUCUGGUGGCAGCCUUUUUGUUUUUUCAUGGUUAAAUAUAAAAUCUAACGUAUUCUGAUCUAUACCGUCUGUUGUUUAUAAAUUUUUGUUAAAGUAAUUUAAUUUAGUUUAAAUUGGAAAAUAAUUUUUUUAUAAAAUAUUUUUAAAAAAUAAGUACAGCUUGAUCAUUUGAUAUUGGGUUGCUACCCUGCAAUUUAAUCGAUCAAUAAUUAAAAAUAGCGUAAUUUGUACGAAGUGGACAUCACUGCAACAACAGUAUUCUCUGGAUGUAAUAUAUUACUGUGGUGGGUAUGAACUUGGAUAUUCUCUUUUAAUCUAUGACAUAUAUUCCUUUUUUUGUGGGCCCCAAAGUGGAAUUAUGAUCCAUUUAACCUUUCUACGGUGCAAUUGUGAUUGAUUUCAUUCACAAGUUGUUGGGUCCACAAAGUUGUAGCUACUCGAAAUUUCGUAGAAAGUCAAGAGGAGGAAUUAGGAAGGAAGGAAUCAAAAUAAUAGAAGUGGGCCGGGACC